CUCAUCACUUGAGCAAGAUGUUUUGGGCUUCUGGAGAGGAAUUCACCACAUCACAUCUCACAACCCACAUUUGGUGACAAACAGCUAACUGAACACACAAGAAGACAGACAAACUCAGCAACAACAUGCAUCGUGAAACAAUACCUUUUCUACUGGUUGUGAUCAUAAUGGGAAACAGCCUCAUGACUGCUGCAUUGGAUCCUAAGCCCACUGAACAGGCCAACCUACCUAAGAGGCCUGUCCUUCAGCCCAAAGAGACUGUUCCUGUCACCGGAAACUAUGUGCUGAAAGACUCUGCAGGCACGUCGUGCAUCAAACUCUCCAUGGGAGUUGAGUACAUAGUUAUUGAGAAGAAGAAACCUUCCUAUUUCAACUUAGACCCUACCACCACCAAGACUACUGGUAGAUGUGCUGAAAAAGAGGCAGUUCUCUCCCUGGCUUUUCAAGGAAAGGGAGGCUAUCUGAAUCUCACCUUUGAAAAGGAAGGGAACCUGACCUAUGUGUCAAAGAUCACAGCUAAUUUGGCACCAGGCAAAGGAAUUAAGAACUAUCCUGGGGUAAUAGAACAUGAGAAGCUGUUCCCAACUGUCGCUGGCCGCAGCCUCAAGUGCUACUCUCAGACCGAGUUUCAUCUGUCUGAAAACCUUCGAGUGAAGAUUGUGUCUCUUCAGUUCCAAGCUUUCAAACUCACCAAUGGGAAGUUUGGAAAGGAGGUUGAGUGCAGGGCUGACUUCAUCAAGAAGAUCAUUCCCAUUAUUUUUGGUGCCACGGUUGUGGGACUCUUGCUGAUUGCUGUCCUGUCCUUCCUGAUAAUCCGGGACCACCACAGACAAGCUGGCUAUGACAGGAUCUGAGAAUGCUUCAUGCAAAAAACAUGAACACUUUUUAUAGCCAUGUUUUGUUUUUCCUAAAUGGUUUUUAGACUUUUAUUGUUUUUUAUCCAUUACUCAAUUAUACACUAUUUAUUGUUGUUUUUAAAUAUUAAAUAUUUCUGCAAAGACAUUAUAAAUAACAUUAUUACAGUAAAAAAUAUGUGAUUGUGGUUAACACCUAUAGGAAAGCUCUGUGUAAGUUUUCAAUCAUAAUCAGCAAAUAUGGUCUGAAUAAUGUGGCUUUGUUUUAGCAAUUAGAAUUUUGAUGCUUCCUAAUGUUUGGAAAUUAUAUUCUGUUUGAAGAGUGCAUGUAUUCACGUGUGGCUUUAUCCAACUGGAUUGAAAUACAUUAUCUUCAAAUGCACGUAUAAGUAUAGAUUUCUUGAAUGCCUUUUUAUUAAAACACACUGCCCAAAAACA